UUUGCAUACGGAAGGGACGGUGGUUUAUGUUUUGGUGGGGCCAUGCACUAUUUUUUGGGUAGAAACCCCCAUUACAUACGGGAUAAAGAUGCUCUGAGGGGCUACUUGUGUAAAUACUUGGCCUUCUUGACUUUUUUUUUUUUAUUGAAAGCGAAAACUUAGCGAACAAAUAAAACGUCGCUAGUUAAACCACGAAACCCUAGUCUUUUUUUUUUUGCGAGUGACUAUUUUCAAUGGCUUUGGAAACACCAAAAUGUCCCAUAGAAGCCAUGUUGACGGAGAUUCUAGUGAGGCUGCCCUUGAGAAGCAUCGCUAGGUUCAAAACGGUGUGCAAAACGUGGAAAACAACACUCGAAUCUACGUACUUCCGUCGUCUCUUCGUGUCUGUUCACCGAAACUCCUCUUCCUCGUGGUCACUAUUACUGUGUGGCACAAAAGAAAUCAUAGGGUUCCAUGGAUGCGAGACAUGGGAUCUUCCUAAAUCUCCAGCUUAUUUCAUCCCACCGUCUCUUAAACAGUCCUACUCGGCUUAUUUCAGCUACGCGGCUUCUUCUAGUGGAUUGGUUUUGAUUAAUGACAGCUCCUACUCGGAUGAAUCUUACUGCUACGUGGGCAAUCCAGUUUUAAAACAGUGGAUUCGAAUCCCACCAGCUCCAAGUUACUCCAUUGUGUUAGGUUUGGUUACUCGAGUGGACGAGGAUGGUGUCCUUUCCAGCUUCAAAGUGAUUAGGUUAGCUUCGGUCCAAUCUACGAAUAAUGAUCUCGCCUGUAUUUGGAGAGUGUUUAUUUAUUCCUCGGAGAUAGGGAUUUGGAGUUUCAAGGAAAUUUACUGUCCGCACCAUAUCCAAAACAUGUAUUAUUAUAUUACUCUGAAUGGCACGAUUUACAUUAGCUGUGUGAGUGUGCAUGGAGUAGUACUCUUAUCUCAUGAUUUCUAUUCUGAAUCCAAUGAGUUCCGGGUUGUGAAAUUACCUGAAUAUCAGAGUGACAAGAAGGGCUUCACAAGAUCCUUGACUACCUCCUGAGGCUUCAUCAUGUAUGUCACAGCAUUUUAUCAAGCGGAAGAUGAUGUUUUGAAGAUUUGGAGGUUGAACGAUGAUGAUGAAUCUUGGGAACUUUUGUGGGUAAUCAAGCUCCCGAGUAACCGUGUUUAUGUACCCGUGGCAAUGCAUCCAUUUGAUAUAGGCACUCUUUAUCUAUGUAGUCAUCAUGAUCAUCAUUUGGUGUCAUGUAACUUGCGGACACUAAACUAUACAAUCCUCAAGGAUGGAUAUCAAGAUUGUUUCAUUGACCAGUCUGUUUGUGACAGCUUUGUGAAUGGGGUAUCUGAUCCAAGAUCAUCUUCAUAUUGGUGGAAUGGAGUUUCAGUCAAGUUCUUACCAUUGGUUCUCCCGCGGUGGAUGGGUUCGGUGCCUUGUCCUCCCCAAGCUGAGAUGAUAGAUACAGUUUCACUACUUUCUUAUACGACUUCAACGGAGAGAACAAUGAAAAGGAAAAAUCGCAACGACAAUGAUUUUUAGAUGUAGUGGUAUGAAUGUGGUUUACUUUUCCUUGUUUGUGUUUAAGAUAUUAAUAUUGUGUCUAAGAUAUUUAGAAAUUAAUAUAAAAUGUUUUAGGGAACUUUGACGACCACAAGCCUAGUGAACUUUUGACUGCCAUAAGAAUGAUAGAAGAAUGGAAGGUGGAUUAUGAGUUACCAAGCACAAACAAACAAGUUUGUUUCUCUCACCACAAGAAACUUGAAAACAAGAGAUAUAAUGCAAUCUUAUAAAGUUACGGUGGUCUGAAAUAUUAGUUAGUGUUCUAAAUAUCGAUU